AGGCCUCUACUUACUAAGCAAAUGUAUAUUGCCUCCAACUUGUCACUUGUUCCCAUACUUGAUCAAACCACAAACCACCCUGGGACUCUCCCUCCCUGUUGAGUGUCCGCAUCAGCUACAUGCAGAUUCCACUUCCCCCCUCUAGAUUUCUGUAUUUCUUCUCUCUCUCUCUCUCUCUCUCUCUCUCGUUGUAUAUAUUACCAAUCUUCCCUUCUUUCAUUGAUCUCACCAUCACAAACUAGUUAAUUCACUUUUCUCUCUCCGUGAAGCUGUGUACUUAACUAGAAUGGCUCCAAGCUUGAUCAAAGAUGUGUUGGAAUCAAUGCGGGUUCAUGAUGGCCAAGUACCCUUAUCAGUCACUCUGGAAGGUUCAAAGUUUUUGGCCAAUGGCCACCAGUUUCUCACCCAAGUCCCGCCGAACAUUACGGCCACGCCCUCCCCAUUCACGUCCCAAGACGCGGCCAAGAACACUGUCGGAUGCUUCGUCGGGUUUGACAGCGGCGAGCCCAAGAGUUGGCACGUGGUCACCGUCGGCAAGCUCCGGGACACAAGGUUCAUGAGCAUAUUCCGGUUCAAGGUCUGGUGGACCACCCACUGGAUCGGCAAUUGCGGGAAAGACGUUGAAAACGAGACUCAGAUGUUGCUGCUAGACAAGUCCGCCGCCGGCCGGCCCUACGUUUUGGUUCUUCCGAUCAUUGAAGGUUCUUUCCGAGCUUCACUCCAGGCCGGUGAAGACGACGGUUUGGACGUCUGCGUUGAGAGUGGGGCCACCAAGGUAACCGGCUCCAGCUUCCGGAGCUGCAUCUACAUUCACGCCGGCAACGAUCCAUACCGGUUGGUGAAGGAAGCAAUGAAGGUGAUCAGAUUCCAUUUGGGAAGCUUCAAGCUGCUGGAGGAAAAGUCUCCUCCCGGCAUAGUUGACAAAUUUGGGUGGUGCACCUGGGACGCAUUCUAUCUGAAAGUACAUCCAAAAGGGGUCGCUGAGGGCGUCCGCGCCCUGGCAGCCGGCGGCUGCCCGCCGGGGAUGGUGCUGAUCGACGACGGGUGGCAGUCCAUCUGCCAUGACGAUGACCCCAUCACCGACCAAGAAGGCAUGAACAGAACCGCCGCCGGCGAGCAAAUGCCUUGCAGGCUAAUCAAAUUUGAAGAAAACUACAAGUUCAGGGACUAUGAAAGUGCCUCUGGCAAGGGCAUGGGCGCCUUCGUAAGGGACCUUAAAAAGGAGUUUCGGACGAUAGAGAACGUUUACGUCUGGCAUGCGCUCUGUGGGUAUUGGGGCGGGAUCCGGCCCCGCGUCCCGGGCAUGCCGGAGAGCAGAGUCGUUGCUCCUAAGUUGUCGCCGGGAUUGGAGAGGACGAUGGAGGAUCUGGCCGUGGACAAGAUCGUGGCCAAUGGGGUGGGUCUGGUGCCCCCGGAGAAGGCGCCGGAGAUGUACGAGGGGCUGCACUCGCAACUGGAGGCCGCGGGGAUUGACGGCGUCAAGGUGGACGUGAUCCAUUUGCUGGAAAUGGUGGCGGAGGAGUACGGCGGGAGAGUGGAGCUAGCGAAAGCAUAUUACAAGGCCUUAACGUCGUCUGUGAGGAAGCAUUUCGGCGGCAAUGGCGUGAUUGCUAGCAUGGAGCAUUGCAAUGACUUCAUGUACCUCGGAACCGAAGCUAUAGCUCUCGGACGCGUAGGGGAUGACUUCUGGUGCGUGGAUCCGUCCGGCGACCCGAACGGGACGUUCUGGCUGCAAGGCUGUCACAUGGUGCACUGCGCCUACAACAGCCUGUGGAUGGGCAACUUCAUCCACCCGGACUGGGACAUGUUCCAGUCCACUCACCCCUGCGCCGCCUUCCACGCCGCCUCUCGCGCCAUCUCCGGCGGACCAAUCUACGUCAGCGACUCCGUAGGAAACCACCACUUCCAGCUGCUCCGGAGCCUCGCUUUGCCCGACGGCUCCAUCCUUCGCUGCCGGCAUUACGCCCUUCCUACCAGAGAUUGCCUGUUCGAGGAUCCGUUGCACGACGGCAAGACCAUGCUCAAGAUCUGGAACCUCAACAGAUUCACGGGAGUCGUCGGAGCUUUCAACUGCCAAGGCGGAGGAUGGUGCCGGCAAUCCCGGCGAAACAAGAGCGCCAGCCAAUUCUCUCACGACGUAACCUGCUUGGCCGGCCCCAUAGACGUCGAAUGGGACGCCGGAAACAGCCCAAUUCAGACCAAAGGAGUGGCCGCCUUCGCCGUCUACAUGUCCAAGCAGAAGAAGCUAACUCUCCUGAAACCUUCAGAAAGAGUAGAGAUCUCCCUUCCGCCCUUCAGCUACGAGCUCCUCACAGUCUCGCCGGUGAAGGACUUUCCCGAAAAAUCGGCCCAGUUCACUCCGAUCGGGCUAGUGAACAUGCUCAACUCCGGCGGGGCAAUUGAGUCGCUGGCUUACGAUGAUCAUGAGAGUUCAGUAACAGUCGGCGUUAGGGGCUGUGGGGAAAUGAAGGCUUUUGCCUCUGCAAAACCGAUUCGCUGCCAGAUGGAUGGGGUUGACGUGGAUUUCGGCUACGAUGAUGAAGAUCAUACGGCCACGGUUCAAGUUCCCUGGCCUGGCUCGUCAAGAUUGUCGGUGAUUAAGUACUGGUUUUGAAGGUUGAAGAAGAAGAAGAAGAAGAAGAGAAGUCUUCUUUUGGGGAAAUCUUGCUUCAUGUGUGUUUGCAUGCUUAGCUACGUACAUGUACUAUCGUUUGAUAAAUUUGUAUUAAAAUAAAAUUAUAAUA